UGUUCAUUGACGGCAUUGUUUAUUUGGCUACACAGAGUGAGAGCAAAGGUAUAUAAACACCCUCUAUCUUCGCUCUCCUCUGCUUCCAUCAACACUCUACAACCCCAAACAACUUUCCACUUCAACGAUCUUCUAAAACGAUCCUCUACACCAAUUCUCUACAACAACCAUCAUAAACAACCUUCCAAUAUUCAAGAUGGCAUCUAAAAUUUCCAACAACGUCGGGAAGAAUGCUUCCCUCAAUCAAAAUUCCAACAAGCCGCCUCUGACUCCAGCUGGUCUGAGUCAGCUAAAGGCUGGUAAGAAGGUCAACGUACUGGUCGGUGAGCCAGGACACGCAUUCAUCGCCGUCGAAGGUAUCUCGGCGGGCCUUCUUUGCUACUUCUCUGAUCAUGCUCGAGAAGUUCUGCGCGAUAGCACCAAGACCGUCUUCCACCUUCCUCGCGGGGAUGCCACGAUUGUGCGCUGGGUUUGCCAGUACAUGUCUGCUGGAGAGUCUGAUUCCAAUUGCGCCGUGGAGUUUUCUAGCAUGAACGUCCCCGAUUUGUGCAGGCUUCAUGAGCAUGCUGAGCUGUUCCAAUACCCUCAGCUCAAGUCUCGGGUGGUUAACUUGGUAUCUUCUCGCCUCAACCACGGGCUUCCUAGUAAGUCGACCCUCCGAGCCAUCUACAACACCAUGCCUCGGUUUACAAAGCAGGUGGUCAACAAAAUUGUCGACCAAACUAUGAAGCUGGCUACGGGAAUUGACUUUACGGUCUACGCUGAGUAUGCUCAAGAGAACGAUUCGUUCAAGGAGCAGCUGGACAAGGCCUUCACUACGAACUUGUCAUGGCGCCACGCUCAAGCUAGGAAAGCUCGAAAGGCCGAUCGUGCUAAGCAGGCUCCCAUUGUGUGCUAUGCGUGCAAGAAGGAGGGACACAUUGGCCGUGACUGCCCAACCUCCAAGGGCAAGCAGAUUCCUAUUGUCUGCUUUGCAUGCAAGAAGGGGGGCCACAUGGCUCGCGAUUGUCCAUCUGCCAAGGGCAAGCAGGGAAAGAAGAAUGCCGGUCGUGCUAAGCCCCGUCGUGCGCAGCAAGGAGUCGUCCAGGUUUCGACCAACGGGCAUGGAAUCCAGACCUGCGACCGUGCGGUUAAGAGUGGAGAAAUGACCCGCACUGGUAUGCUUAUCUAACU